AACAAACAUUCCUGAGCCGCGUGGAGGUGAGGGUCGACAGGGAGCGCCAGGCCACCUCAGAGGACGCUGCCACUGUUCCAGGCGAAACAUGUAGCCACGGAGGGUGAGAGAGUAGAGUAUUUCAGGGUGAGCAGAGUCAAAACACACCCUGGUGCCCUAUGGUGGGAGAUUAGGGUCUGCCUCACCCAACACGUGUCCCCAGCGGGAAGCCUCCACCAACACCCAAAAUGAUUCUGUCACGUGCAAAACCAGCUUUGGGUUCCAACGCCAACGCUCAAGUCGGUGCCGGCAGCAACAAGAAAGCUUUGCCAAAACUUGAAGAUUUCCUGAAGAAGAGAGACUUCACUGGAGCAAUCACUCUGCUGGAGUUUCAGCGCAACAGUGGCAAUGCCAACGAACAGACUGACCAGUGGAUUGGCUACUGUGCCUUCCACCUUGGAGACUACAAGCGGGCACUGGUGGAGUUCCAGAAGCUGACAGUGAACCACAAGAACCCAGCACCAGAGAACUGGAUCAGCCUGGCCUGCUGCUACUUCUACCUGGGCAUGUACCCCGAGGCAGAGGAAGCAGCAGAGAAGGCCCCCAAGUCAGCACUGCGCACCCGCCUCUUCUUCCACCUGGCUCACAAGUUCAACGACGAGAAGAGGCUCAUGAUGCACCACCAGCAGCUGGAGGACGUGAUUGAGGACCAGCUCAGUCUAGCCUCCAUUCACUACCUGCGCUCCCACUACCAGGAGGCCAUUGACAUAUACAAGCGCAUUCUGCUGGACAACAGAGAGUACCUGGCGCUCAAUGUCUAUGUGGCUCUGUGUUACUACAAGCUGGAUUACUACGAUGUGUCCCAGGAGGUGCUUGCCGUCUACCUGCAGCACUACCCUGACUCUCCCAUCGCCAUCAAUCUCAAGGCUUGCAACCACUUCAGGCUCUACAACGGAAAGGCGGCCGAACAGGAGCUUAGGGCAUUGCAGGAUGUCACGUCAUCACCACUCACCUUCGCCCAAGACCUGGUGCGUCACAACCUGGUGGUGUUCCGGGGAGGAGAGAGUGCCCUGCAGGUGCUGCCGCCGCUGGUGGACGUCAUUCCCGAGGCUCGACUCAACCUGGUCAUCUAUUACCUCAAACAGGAUGAAGUGCAGGAGGCAUACACUCUUCUCAAGGACCUGGAGCCCACCGUGCCCCAGGAGUACAUCCUCAAGGGAGUCGUCAAUGCUGCCAUUGGACAGGAAACUGGAUCUAGGGAGAACCUGAAGAUCGCACAGCAGUAUUUCCAGCUGGUCGGUGGCAGCGCAUCUGAAUGCGACACCAUCCCCGGCAGGCAAUGCAUGGCCUCCUGCUUCUUCCUCCUUAAGCAGUUUGAUGAUGUCCUCCUCUACCUAAACUCCAUCAAGUCUUAUUUCUACAAUGAUGACACCUUCAACUUUAACUAUGCCCAGGCCAAGGCAGCAGUGGGGGACUACAAGGAGGCUGAAGAAGUCUUUCUUUUGAUUCAGAAUGAGAAGAUCAAGAAUGACUAUGUGUUUCUGUCCUGGCUGGCAAGAUGCUAUAUCAUGAACAGCAAACCCAGACUGGCCUGGGAACUGUAUCUCAAGAUGGAGACGUCAGCAGAGGCAUUCAGUCUGCUGCAGCUGAUCGCCAACGACUGCUACAAGAUGGGCCAGUUCUACUACGCAGCUCGGGCCUUCGAUGUGCUGGAGAGGCUGGACCCCAAUCCGGAGUACUGGGAAGGCAAGCGUGGGGCAUGUGUGGGCAUGUUCCAGAUGAUCAUUGCUGGAAAAGAACCCAAGGACUCUCUAGGGGACAUCCUGCAGUUGCUGAGGAACACAGCCAACCCGCAGGUGGAGGGCAUCAUCAGGGUCAUCAAGAAGUGGGCCAAGGACAACCACAUCCCUGUGUAGCACCAGCAACUCCUAUUCUCUUCACUUUCUAACCAUGCACAUAUUAAAUGAUGUAGCAUGUACUCAGCAGGAUAUGUAUACGUAUGUGUUUGUGUAUAGUAGCCCAGUUAAUUAGAGGUUAGCAAGCUCAGGUGAGAGCCAAGAGGGUUCAGGCUGGAAUUCCAAGUUAUGUGAAGACAGUUUGAAGUUGCCUCUUUCAGCACUGCAGCCUUUGUUCACCUGGUGGUAUGGGACAUGAGCUGAGGGGUUAGCUUGCAGCCUGGCAGGAGAAGGCUAACAGUCCUGCUCUCCUCUGUGUGUGUGUGUGUGUGUGUGUGUGUGUGUGUGUGUGUGUGUGUGUGUGGUCCUACAGGAGUGGAAAGCUGGCAACCUGCUCUCAACCUGUGUGUGUGUGUGUGUGUGUGUGUGUGUGUGUGUGUGUGUGUGUGUGUGUGUGUGUGUGUGCACAUCACAGUUAAUUUUUAGCACUAAUGCCACCUCAUGUUUUCCUCACACCACCACACUCCCAACACACCUCCCUAUCAAGACACACCUCACCUGCCAAGGGAUAUAAAUGCCAUCUUGGGAAUAAGAAAUAUUAUCUGUUGCUUUGUUGACUCUGAGCUGGACAUUGACCUCUUUCUCUUAACUAGAAGGAAAUGUUUAUUGCUAAUAUUUCUUAAAAAAAAAAAAAAAAAAACACCACACUGUGCAGUAUUCCAUGAUGAGGAAGACAGACAACACAAACGACCCAUCCAAGCUCAGAGUUAUGGGAGCCACACUGGCAGCAAUUCAACACUUGGUGUGCUGUGCUGUGGGCAAGAAAGUCAUGAGAUUCUUAGUCUCAGUGAACCAUACAUUCACUUAAUUGCAGUCCCAAAAUAUGAGGUAGAAUGCUUAUCCAUAAUGAAAAGUUAGUCACAACAAUCACACCUUUGGGAAUAUUAUCCAGGAAUGCUCACAAAAAAAAAAAAAAAAAAAACCGGUGGUGAAGGUCAUACAUGUAAUGAGCCAGCAUUUAGCCUUUCUAGUCCCUCAGCAGCUCACAGUUCUCUCAUCUGAUACAUUUUGUUCACAAGGAAGCCAUCACUGCUUGACAACACAAGGUCAGUACAAUAGCAACAUAAUCCUUUAUGAAAAUGAGGUUCAGGUCCUGUCUACCUCUAAGGCUGAAGUGUCUUGGUGAGUCUGCCUUCAGCUCACCACUACAGCUGUGCUUACAUGAAAGUCUUUGCUGUAGUGUCCUUUGUUUGCACCAAAGAUUAUGCAAAAGGUUUAGUCUUUGGCUGCGCUUAAGUGAAAUGUGUGUGGUGUGUUGGAACACCAUUGUCGUGUGAUGGAUAUAGUCUCCUGCCAGGCCACAGCACCAUUACUGUGGCCUCAUUGCAUCACACUUCUCAUCACAUUUGGUUUAUACAGCCUAUAUCACUAUAAAAUGUGAAAAGAAUUUAAUAAAAAUAUAUUUUCAUAAUGC